AUGGCUUUUGAUCGAGUGAAAAGGGUAUACAGGUCAUGCCUUCUGCAGAUUAUCGUAGUAGGGCUGGUUGCCUUUUGCGAGCCGGGCAUCUGGACUGCACUUAACAACCUUGGAGCAGGAGGUAACGCUAGUCCUUUGCUGAACAACGCCGCGAAUGCAUUGACGUAUGGAUUGAUGUCAGUGGGCUGCUUUCUUGCUGGCGGUGUCACCAACAAAAUCAGUGCGAAAUGGACCUUGUUCAUCGGAGCAGCAUUUUACACUCCUUAUGCCGCCGGUCUAUACUGCAACAACCGCUAUGGCAAUGAAUGGUUUCUUUUGCUUGGGGCGGGUCUCUGUGGAGUGGGCGCAUCUCUUCUAUGGGCCAGUGAGGCUGCCAUUGCGGUUGGAUACCCGGAGGAGGAGAAACGGGGACGAUACGUUGGAAUCUGGAUGGGUAUCCGGCAGCUGGGGCCGCUCGUUGGUGGUGCGAUAUCCCUCGCGCUCAAUGUCAAUACUGCACAUGUCGGCAAGGUCACCUACACAACAUACCUAGGGCUUGUUGCCAUUUCAUCCCUUGGGGCUCCAUUUGCGUUGCUGUUGUCACAACCACAGGAUGUCAUCCGAAGUAAUGGCACCAAGAUCCCUUACAUGAAGAAUACGACGUUCGGUAUUGAGUUUCGCGCUAUCUGGAGGCAAUUGAGGAAUAAGUAUAUGCUAUUACUUAUCCCGGUCUUCCUCGCUGGACAGUUUGGCACAACUUACCAAGGAAACUAUUUGACAUCAUAUUUCACCGUCCGCUCCAGAGCGCUUGCAUCUUUCCUGACAGCCGUGGUUGGCGCCUCAGCCAAUAUAUUGACGGGUAUAGUUCUCGAUCUGAAUCAUGUGUCUAGGGAAGCUAGAUCUAAGGGCAUGUACAUUUUCGUCCUCGUCUUUGUCACAGCAGCUUGGAUCUGGAAUGCCACCACAGAGGUGAAACUUUCCCGCAUGGCUGAAGCACCCGCCUUCGACCUGGGAGAUGGCCCCUUCUUCAACUCGGCUUUCGCCGUCUACCUUUUCUUCAAGUUCUUCUAUGAGGUGCUACAAACUUAUAUCUAUUGGUUGAUGGCCGAAAUCAAAGGGGCACAGGGAGACGGCGAUAUCGCGAGAACAACCGGCAUUCUGAGAUCGUGGGAGUCCAUUGGUAGCACCAUUGCCUACGCUGUGGGCGCAACUCACUGGCCUAACUUGAACCAGAUGAUAUUGGGCUUCGCACUGUGGGGGUUCACAAUCCCAUUCACGAUUCUCGCAGUCUUCGGCCGUUGGAAUCAAUCUGAGGCGCAGACGGAGGAGCAGUCAGACAGUAGCAGCCUCGAGGCCCAAAGGGUGAUUAUCAAUCCUGAAGGGAAAGAUUAA